UCCUUCAUUCGUAUUUGAUAUCUAUAUAUUCGUUUAUAUUCAAGGGAAAGUUAUUCGUUAAGGUUAUUUUUCGAUUAAUCACUUUUCACUUUGAAACCGUAGGAGGUGGAUAGUCAAUUUAAAUAUUAGAAAAUUAUUUAGAAUUGCUAACAUGCAAGUGCUGAUGAAAGUUUCACAUAAUUCCUUGAUAAUCGCUGCUAAAAAAAGCACGAUGCAAAGAAACACUUUUACGUUCUUCAGAAGAUGCAACUUUUCUUCUCAAAAGAUUCCUAAUAAUAAUAUUACGCGAAAUUCAAUUGUUACACCGUUUCCUUCAUUGACCCAGCCUAUUCCCAACUUACCAAAAGCAGUCUAUGCUACCGCAAAAGAUGAACAUCACACGACUAAAGUCACAGUUCUCCCAAAUGGACUGAGAGUUGCUUCUGAAAAUCGAUUUGGUCAAUUUUGCACAGUUGGCGUGUUACUCGAUUCUGGACCUCGGUACGAGAUUGCAUAUCCAAGCGGUAUUUCUCAUUUUCUAGAGAAAUUAGCAUUCGGAUCAACAAAAACAUUCAAGAACAAAGAUCAAAUAAUGCUCGCAUUAGAAAAACAUGGAGGAAUAUGUGAUUGCCAAGCAUCGAGGGAUGCAUUUGUUUAUGCUGCAUCGGCAGAACGUCAUGGAUUGGACACAGUUGUACAAAUUCUAGGUGAUAUCGUUUUAAGACCUCAAAUUACACAAGAGGAAGUAAGCGCAGCAAGACAAAUGAUUCGCUUCGAAUUGGAAUCUUUACUUACAAGACCAGAGCAAGAACCGAUACUUAUGGAUAUGAUUCAUGCUGCUGCAUACAGGAACAAUACGCUUGGUCUUCCAAAAAUUUGCCCGGAGGAAAACGUCGACCGUAUAGAUAGAAAAGUAUUAUUCGAAUAUUUAAGGAAUCAUUACACACCGAGUAGAAUGGUAGUGGCCGGAGUUGGCGUAAAACACGAAGAUCUCGUUUCGGCUGUACAAAGACAUUUUAUUGAUAAAAAAUCUAUUUGGGAAGAAGAAGGAGAAGAGAGGGGAAAUACUAAUUCGGUACCGUCAGUUGACACGUCCAUCGCACAGUAUACCGGAGGCUAUAUACUAGAAGAAUGUAAUGUGCCUGUAUAUGCAGGACCAAGCGGUUUACCGGAAUUAUCCCACGUAGUAAUAGGUUUAGAAGGUUGUUCCCAUCAAGACCCAGAUUUUGUAGCGAUGUGUGUUUUAAAUAUGAUGAUGGGUGGCGGUGGUAGCUUCAGCGCCGGUGGUCCAGGAAAGGGAAUGUAUACUCGUUUGUAUACGAAUGUACUAAACAGGUAUCAUUGGUUAUACAAUGCAACUGCGUACAAUCACGCAUACGCCGACACGGGUAUCUUUUGCAUUCAUGCAUCUUGUACGCCGUCUCACGUCAAAGAAAUGGUGGAAGUAAUCGUGCACGAGAUGGUUGCCAUGACCAGUAAUAUAGUGGACGGUGAAUUAGCGAGAGCAAAGAAGCAACUGCAGUCUAUGUUACUCAUGAAUUUGGAACACAGGCCUGUUAUUUUCGAAGAUAUCGGAAGACAAGUUUUAGCCACUGGAUCUAGGAAGCGGCCAGAGUACUUCAUACAAGCAAUUGAUGCGAUAUCGAAAGAUGAUAUAAACAACGUAGCACGACGUUUACUCAAAUCAUCUCCAAGCGUAGCAGCUCGAGGAGAAGUAAGAGCAGUUCCUUCGAUCGGAGACAUUCAAGCUGGGUUGAUCGACGACCAAGGAAGAUUACCUGGUUCUCGUAACAGACUGUCGCUUUUUCGUUAAAAAUUUUAAAUAUCAUUUGUCUCAAAUUCAUACGUCUGUCUCCCAGACGGUAUCUCGCUAGCGAAACCACGUGAUUGGGUUAUCUAAAUCAUUGCGUGUUUAUGUUGAAAUGCAAGAUAAAAUAUUUUUUAACUGUUCGCAAAUAUUUCUGACGUCUCAUCCGACUAGAAUUAAGUUAUAAUUUAUUCGCAGUAA